AUGAAUCGGGCUAGAGAGGCCUCUAAGCGAGCGUUUUCCAGCCAAUUAAAUAAGCGCUAUACUAGCGCCCGCAAUAUAUACUUCCAGGCUAUUAAAACAGCAAAAAAGGAUCACUGGAACUACCUAUACAAAGUCAAGGCGCCUGAAUUAGACGUUAUACACCGCCUCAGACUAGUGGCAAUAGCCAAAGCUAGCACCAGACAAAGUAAAACAAGCCUGUUCUAUACGCUUCUACUAGACGUAAAAGGGCUACUUACAAUUCUUAAGGAUUUAGCCUUUCCUAAUUCGGUUAUUAAGUGGGUCUUAUCCUUUAUAAGCGGGCGGUUAUAUGCAGUUAAAUUUAUCUCUUAUAUAAAUAAUAUUACUCUCUCUUUUAUAUCGACUAGCCCCUGCAAAAACGUUAAGAUACUGCAGCUAGUAGCUAAAGAGCUAUUUCAGCUAGCUAGUAAAAACGGAAUCCAAUUCAACCCAAAAAAGUCUAAACUGAUUCACUUUAGCAUAGGCGAACGCGCUAAGCUAGCGCCCCUUAUACUCCUAGAUAGGACUAUAGUCCUCCUAAAGCAGACAGUUAAGUGGCUUGGCAUUUACUUUAAUGCUCUAUUACAAUUUAAGGAGCAUAUCACUAUCUACACUGCUAAGGCUAAGUCUAUAUUCAGACCAUAUCCGACUAUACAUCACCGAUUUGGUGGCAAGGCUAAGCAUACGCAAAAGACCACCUAUAGCACUUCUAAAAUUUGGCACUACGCAAAAUCCUAG